GAUACAGAGAGGGAGAGAAGAGAAGAAGAGAGGAAGAGAAGAUGGGAUCGAUAUCGGCAGCUCCGGGAACCACCGUGUUAUUCUCCAGUUUCCGUCGCCGGAUUCUUAGCGACCGUCGCCAUGAGAAUCUAUCUGUGUUUUCGUCUUCACAACCGUCUCUGAUGCCACGGCAGAGAUGGCUCUAUGUACCGGAGACGAGGUUGAGAAGAGAGGUUUUAAAGCUCGAUUUUACUGCGAGAGCUGCGGAUUCCACGAGCUCGUCUCCUUCUGUAGCUUCUGGUGAUAGAACCUUAAUACCUGAUGAGGAGUUUACUCUAGCCAAGAUUUCAUUUGGUGUUAUUGGGCUAGGUCUCGGGGUUUCGCUACUGUCGUAUGGUUUUGGAGCCUAUUUCAAUAUCCUUCCUGGAUCUGAGUGGUCUGCUAUAAUGCUAACAUAUGGAUUUCCCCUUGCUAUUAUUGGAAUGGCUCUCAAGUAUGCAGAACUCAAACCAGUUCCUUGCUUGAGCUACUCGGAUGCGGUGAAGCUUAGAGAAAGCUGUUCUACUCCUAUUUUAACGCAGGUUAGAAAUGAUGUCACGAGAUACCGUUAUGGAGAUGAACAACAUUUGGAAGAAGCACUGAAACGGAUCUUUCAAUAUGGACUGGGCGGAGGAAUCCCAAGGCGUAGUGCACCUAUCUUGCAAUUGAUAAGGGAAGAGGUCCUGACUGAUGGUCGUUACUGCCUGGUCCUUGUAUUUGAGGCCAAAGCUCUGACGUUGGCAGAUUUUGAAAAAAGACAGGCGAAAUUCACUUCCUUCUUUGGACCAAACAUCACUGCAGAAGUUGGUAAAGGAGAAAGUGAGAAUCUCUAUGAAGUAAGACUGAUUUCCAACGAAUCCACCAACUCUGUAUCUUCUACCUCAUGAAAAUAUAAGACAAUCACGUAUAGGUCGUGACGUUUUGGUCAAUGUUAUUUUGGUCUUGUAUAUCAAAUUAUAUAUAAUCAUCCUAUGUAUAAAAAGUUCAUACUUACAGCAAUUACCCUUA